AGACUGUCGGAUGGUGCAGGAAUUCGGCAAUUCUCUAACUGGAGUGUACAAUGUAUCAGUGACAGGGACAGAUAUAACUCCGGUCUGGUGUGAUAUGGAGACGGACGGGGGAGGUUGGACGGUGUUCCAGAGACGUAUAGAUGGCGCCACCGACUUCUACAGAGGAUGGACUGAAUACAGGGACGGUUUUGGCGACGUUAACCAUGAGUUUUGGUUAGGUAAGGUUUCAAUCAUAUCAACAUCUUCACAUACACUUACAUCGCACUGUGAUACUGAACUAAGAAUUGACAUGGAGGAUUUCGAAAACAAUACAGCCUACGCAAAAUACUCCAGGUUCAACAUUGGAAAUGCUUCGGAUGCUUAUCGGUUAAACGUGUCCGGUUAUUCAGGAAACGCAGGCGAUUCAUUAACAAAAGUCCAUAAUGGUCAACGCUUCACUACGAAAGAUAACGAUCCAACACCUGACCACUGUUCUGUUCUGUUCAAAGGCGCAUGGUGGUACAGCAGUUGUCACGCAUGUCAUAGUUCGUCCAAUUGCGAUUCUUUAAUUAAGAUCCAUAAUGGCCAUCUCUUCACUACGAAAGAUAACGAUCAAACAGCUAUCAGCUGUUCUCUCAGGUUCAAAGGUGCAUGGUGGUACAACCGUUGUCACGAAUCCAAUCUGAAUGGACUGUACUUAUCUGGCCCCACCACUAUAUAUGCUCAAGGAGUUGUAUGGUUUACAUGGAAGAGCCAUUACUAUUCGUUGAAAGACACAAAGAUGAUGUUUCGGAGAGUGACGAAAACAUAGCUUUGGUAUCUAUUUAUCUAACAAAAACCAUUAUUCCUGUGUUUAAAAAGUUUAUUCACUCAACGGAAAAUGUGAGGACUGUUGUGUCUGUCCAUUCUUCCGCACUUUAUUGUAAAAAGAGCGCGAAAAAAUAUUCCUGUACGCAACACCUGACUUCCAUAUAUUUCACUACUUCCCGACAACCAUUCAAGGAAGAUAAUUCAGAGCUUUAAGUACGUUGUUAGUCUAAUUAACCGUUUAUUAGAUUAAGUUUUUGUAUCAAUAUUCUACUUUGGUAUAUCAUAUUCAUUGAGAAACUAGGGAGUUCUACGAUUCAUUGAUGCAGUUCAUUGUAGUCUUCCAUCAUGCUGACAGUAUGAAAGUAAGACAUAUAAUGAGUGGCAGCACCACUGCACAUUAUCUGUAAACAAUUAGCAUUAUUAAAA